GUCUUUGGAGGUUUUCUUGAUCCGCUGAAACGCGGAAAAACAGCAGCUCGACUCACCUCUGCUGCAGUCUAUCAAGUCGUAGUUUUUUUUAGACAUACAUGUUAUCAAAACGCGGUGUUUGGAUCACUUAAAGUUCAUAAAAAGACUUUUACGCUAUCGUUAGAGAGCUUGAUGACUAACGUAGUUUAAACUCAGUUUGCGCUCUAGUGUGUUAACAGAAAGUACUGCGUUUAAAUGGGCUAAGACAAGUAAACAUAUGGAGAUAACUCCUAAAGCAGCUAAGUUAAAACCAGUGUACCCUUCACCUUGUGAUUCAGUGGAGUCCAGCCCUUCUGAAUACAAAGAGGAGAAGGUAAGAUCAGGUGCAGUUUGUCACCAGUUACCUGCCAGGUAAUGCUUGCUCAAUAAUGAGUAUCUUGGAAUCACCAGAUCAAAUGUUCUUGUUAUGUCAGUGUUGUUGGAGUUUAUAUAAUGUCCUCUGUGGUUACCUGACUGUGAUUCACUCUUCGUCAUCUCUGCAGCAUCACCAGAAGCUGAGCUCCUCUCUUAGAGAGAGACUGAAGAGAUCGAGACGCUCCUUCACCUCGCCCUCCUCUGUGGCCAAACGUCUUUGUGUGGAUGAGGAGGAGGAGGAGGAGGAGGAUGGCCGACAAGUUCCUGCAGAUUCCCGAGAGACAGUUAAUAACUCUCCACUGAUCAUUUCCAGUGUUGAUGUAAACAGGAAUGAAGUGAGGACACGAAGUGAGAGGUUUUCUGGACCCAUUCCCGAGUCAACACCUCCUCCUUCGAUCAACUUUGCACAACGCCGAGACCAGCUGAAGAAGGAAGUCAAAGACAGGAUGGAAACCCUGCGAAGACUCAAGAUGGUUCAGAUGUACAGAAGCAAGGUACCUACUGUCUUCAAAAACUCUCAUAAUGAAUGUGACAAAAAUCCAAUGACACCCCCUGUUUCUCUCUCCUUAGAAUGAUCUCACAGAGCUCCAGACCUUGGUUGACAAAUGGCGGAGCUGCGCUCAGGCUGCUCUGUAUGAGCUUCAGUCAGAAGUCCCCAUAGAUGGAAGAAAGGCCAACUUGUCAGAGCUCAUCGACCUCUUCAGUCUGGAUGAUGCCAUUUUACAUUUUGAUCGCACGGAGGAAGACUUCACUACCUGAAAAUGUUCUUCUAAACACAUACUUAAACCACGUUGCAAAAAAAUACUACAGAAGCACAAUCACAGUUCGAACAUGUUAACUUAUUGUUUUAUUUGUUGCUGCUGUUCUGUUUGAAUUCACAGCUUGAGUUGUAAAUGUGUACUUGUUAUUAUAAAUAAAUCUGUUUUCUGUUGAUGGGAA